UCUUUACUAUCCUGUCCCCCGAUGUUUUGCUCUUUUUCCGAACCUCGCGCUGACAUCACUUUCAUCGAACUGACAACUUGUCACAUUUCCAGCCUUCUUUCCUUCCGACAUCUUGAACUACGUAAAACACGCGUUUUUCGGGUGUUGAAAUUUUUUAAUCAAGAUGAAGCUGAACAAAAAUGUUUCCUCAUCGCGUCGCAAGAGCCGCAAGCGGCAUUUCCAGGCCCCUUCGCACAUCCGCAGGAAGCUGAUGUCGGCGCCUCUGUCCAAGGAAUUGAAACAGAAGUACACCGUCCGAUCGAUGCCAAUCCGCAAGGAUGAUGAAGUGCAGGUCGUGCGUGGACACUACAAGGGCAACCAGGUCGGCAAGGUUGUGCAGGUGUAUCGCAAAAAGUUCGUUGUCUACAUCGAACGGAUCCAGCGGGAGAAGGCCAACGGUACGAACGUCUAUGUGGGCGUGCACCCGUCCAAGUGUCUGAUCGUGAAGCUGAAGAUGGACAAGGAUCGCAAGAAGAUCCUGGAUCGCCGGGCCGCUGGACGACGCGCGGCACUGUCUAAGGAGAAGGGCAAGUACACCGAGGAAACGGCCGCGGCUUCCGCCAUGGAAACCAGCUCGUAAACUUCCGGUCCCCGCAGACUACUGUUGCUUUCGUUCAUGUGUAAACAAUAAUACCGAAUAAAUUAAAAGAGGAAAAACUUG